AUGAGCGUCGACUGCGUUUACACCAGUGCAGUGACGUUGCUGCUGUGUUGUUCGGCCGUCCUGGGCCGGCCGUCGUCCAAUGGUGGAGCGGACGGUGGUGGCGGCGGGGGCGGCGGUGGAGGCGCCGGAGCCGGUGGUGGCGGUGGAGGUGGUGGCGGUGGUGGCGGUGGGUCAUCUGUGGACGACACCGACGAGAGCCCGGUGGUGGUGACCAGCUCCGGCAUGGUGCAGGGCUACACGAAGAUCAUUGCGAACCGCGAGGUGCGGGUGUACACGGGCAUACCGUUCGCCAAGCCACCGGUGGGCCCCCUAAGGUUCCGGCGCCCGGUGCCCGUUGACCCGUGGACGGGAGUGCUGAACGCCACUAGGCUGCCGAACACGUGCUACCAGGAGCGGUACGAGUAUUUCCCCGGGUUCGUUGGCGAGGAGAUGUGGAACCCGAACACCAAGCUUUCCGAGGACUGUCUGUACCUGAACAUCUGGAUACCGAAGAAACAACGCACCAGGCACCAUUCGAACAACGCGCAUCACGCCAAGAUACCGGUACUGGUAUGGAUAUACGGCGGAGGUUACAUGUCCGGUACUUCGACAUUAGACAUCUACGACGGCGAUCUGCUGGCGGCCACUUUCGACGUGAUGAUCGCCUCCAUGCAGUACAGGCUCGGGGCAUUCGGUUCGUUGUAUUUAACGCCAGAGCUGCCAGAGGAUAGCGACGACGCCCCUGGCAAUAUGGGAUUAUGGGAUCAGGCGCUGGCUAUCAAGUGGAUCAAAGAAAACGCAGCGGCUUUCGGCGCUGAUCCAGAGACAAUUACGUUGUUUGGCGAAUCGGCUGGUGGUGGAUCAGUGAGCGUGCACCUAAUUUCGCCGGAGACAAGGGGCAUGGUGAGACGUGGGAUCAUACAGUCUGGAACCGUGAACGCACCUUGGAGCUAUAUGACUGGCGAACGGGCAGUGGACAUAGCAAAGAAGUUGUUGGACGAUUGCAAUUGCAAUUCGACGUCGUUGGAUAGCAACCCGAUCGGCACCAUGUCGUGCAUGCGAUCUGUCGACGCAAGUACCAUAUCCAAAAAGCAGUGGAACAGCUAUUCCGGUAUUUUGGGUUUCCCGUCUGCGCCCACCGUGGACGGGGUUCUCCUGCCAGAACACCCGCUGGACAUGUUGGCUAAGGCGAACUUUUCGGACAUCGACAUACUCAUUGGAAGCAAUCUGAACGAAGGAACAUAUUUUUUGCUGUAUGAUUUUGUCGAUUUCUUCGACCGGACGUCGGCCACCGCAUUGCCCAAGGAAAAAUUUGUGCAAAUAGUCAACGUUAUAUUCAAAGACAGAACACAGCUGGAAAGAGACGCCAUUAUAUAUCAGUAUUCGGGAUGGGAAAAAAAAGAAGUGGACGACAAAUAUUCCAACCAAAAACAACUGAGCGACGUGGUUGCAGAUUAUUUCUUCGUUUGUCCAACCAACCUCUUUGCCAACAUCGUGUCAAGUCGUGGAGCUCGGGUUUACUACUAUUUCUUCACUCACAGGACAGACUCACACUUGUGGGGUGAUUGGAUGGGCGUAUUGCACGGCGACGAGAUGCAAUACGUGUUUGGCCAUCCUUUGAACAUGUCGAUGCCGUACAACGCCAGGGAAAGAGACUUGAGCAUACGAAUCAUGGAAGCAUUCACCAGAUUUUCGUUGACCGGAACACCUGUAUCAGAUGACAUAGAUUGGCCACUAUACAAUGAAUCAAACCCAAUAUAUCAUGUUUGGAAUGCUGCUGAAUUACACGUAGGAUACGGACCUAGAGCAGCUGAAUGCCAGUUUUGGAACGGAUUUUUCCCGAAAAUCGCCCAAGCCUUGAAAGAAACUACCAAAAUUACUUGUGAAGAUUAUCCAGACUCGAUGCCCACUACCAACGAAAAUUGUACGUUCACGUCAUCGUUUGCUACUAUCAAUCCGCGAAUCUCCUUCACCAUAAUAUUCAUCUUCGUUCUACCGGCACAUGGAUUGUUCUAA